CACGCGCACGCGCUUCGUAAGACACGCGUAAGGAUUGGUUCCAGAGCAGAACUGCCCAGAAGCCCUUCUCCAGUUCUGUGUCCGUUUGGAGCGUUGUGAGCUAUGCCAUGUCGUCUUCGAGGACCUUUCCGCUGAAGCUCCUUCCUUCGUCCUUGGGAACCAUACAAGCAUCGCUUAAUGGGAUUUUCUAUCACGAAGCUCAUAUUGCUCGCCGUGCUCACCAGUAUCGCUGCCACGCUGCUUAUUCUUCCACUGGUACUCCGAUUCAGCACGUUUGGCGAGACACAGGUCCUCAUCGAGUACCAGGACAUGAUACCAAUCAGGAGGCGUGUGUCGACCUUGUGGUGCGAGAACCACACCGUGCACAUGGACACUGCCAGCUUCAGCGCCUACCUCAUGGAACGGGAAAGCUACCUCACGGAACAGACGGUGCAAGCGCGCCGUGUGCACGUGGCUGCCAGGUCAUUCCACUACGUGUCCUUUUACUUUCUGCAAAGUUCAAGGUUCCUUAUCACGUCCUGCCCCCUCAGGCCCUGCAGGGUCUACCUUGUCCGAGGUCUAGCCAAACUCCGUGCGUGCCUGCGCUUUAUACAAGGAUUACCGAGAAGAUCAAAGCCUCCGUGGAACGCGUCCCACCCAAUCCCACCUCGCGAAGGCCCCGCCUCUGCUCUGCCGAACAGGUCCAAGUCGUGUGCCGCGGAAGCCUUCGUGGACAUCCAGACAAAGUGCAGCCGCGACGAAGCCAUCUCGCACGACGUCCUUGUAGAAGACUAUUACUUUGUUCUGUACGUCAACAAUCCUUUUGGACACGCCUACUAUAAUGACGUGCAGCUCGAACUGUCAGCGUGGCGAAAGGUCUUCAACCGGAACAUGAGCCUCGCCACCUGCCUAGAGGUGCACGACUGCACUCUGCCAUUGGAGUUCGGAUCAUCUCAAUUCGUGGUGGUGGAGCGGCCCAGACGAUCCGUCAUCCACGGUGAAGCCACGCUGCUCACGUCUCGUUGUAACCCUCGUCGGAAGAUAUACUUCCUUUUCCACAUUGCCUUCGCUGUACUCUUCAUCAUCAUCGCCUUCCAAUAGUCUAAUCGAUUUAUAUGAUUUGCUGGAUAAACUAAGGUGUCAUCGUUCA